UUCUUCCUCCUCUUCUUCUUCUUCUAGCCGUCUUUCUUCCCGUGAGCUGCCCUGUCCCUCGGUCCACCGCUACACACCUGCUCUCCGUCUCUCCUGUCGACCCCCCCCCACACACACACAGGUACUCAUGGAUGACUUCGACAUGCUGAGCGCCCCCGCGGGGAACGGGCUGGGCUCGGAGGAGGACCCCGCCGCCGCCUUCCUGGCCCAGCAGGAGAGCGAGAUCGCGGGGAUCGAGAACGACGAAGGCUUCAGCAUCCUGGACGGAGGAGAGGUGCCCCCGUCGCUGGGGGACUCACACGAUGGUGCUGUCAACGGAGAGCUUCAUGGGGAAAGCAACGGUCCAUCCGACGCCUAUGCAGCAAUUUCCAGCGCAGACCGGCUGCAGGCCGAACCUGAAAGCCUACGCAAGUGGAGGGAGGAGCAAGGCGAGCGGCUGGAGUUGCUAGAUGAAAACUCUCGGCAGCAGGAGUCAGAGUGGAAGGAGAAAGCCAAGGUAGAGCUGGAAGAGUGGCACGCCAGGCAGAACGAGCAGCUGGAGAAAACCAAAACCAAUAACAGGGCGGCUGAGGAGGCAAUGAUUUCAGAUCUGGAUGAGAACAACCCGGGCACGGAGUGGGAGCGGGUGGCUCGGCUCUGUGACUUCAACCCCAAGUCCAGCAAGCAGGCCAAAGACGUGUCCCGCAUGCGCUCCGUCCUCAUCUCCCUGAAGCAGUCCCCGCUAGUUCGCUAGGCGGCCAAGACUGCUCGGGGUGGCAUCAUUCCAUAUCAUCGCCUGUCACCACACACAACAACCAACCCAACGACCACAAUCUGUAUUCUGAACACAGAGGGUUUACACCCCUGUGUCUGUCCUGCCCCUGUCCCCUACCCCCCAGUGGGAGGAUAUAGCCAGUGGUCCUACCCUCAUCUCUCUCCACCUGGCAGGGCUGUAGAGAUUAGCCUUGAAGCACCAGCUCACCAUUUCCCCCCCCUAAAGGUUUUCAGCUGUCAAGAACUUGUAAUUCCUCUUGCUCGUUGUUUAACAUACUGAGAUCAAGGCCUGUUAGAUCCACACCAGGUGUCCUGGUCUUGUGUAACACAUUGUGUAAGGCUGGUGGUUUGGGACACUAAAAGGGAAGGGUUGAUGUUUAUUUGGGCCUACAGCUACACUACAACCUGCUUCACACAACACUCAAACAAUAUCAUUCCCAUGAUGCUCUACUCCUUCUCUGACCCACAAGGGUUGAUUGAUGUUAAAUGGUUUGCCUUUUGUUUCCCAUCCAAAAUUAUCUCAGAAUGUUUCUUUAUUGUUUUCUUUUAAGGACCAAACUCAAAGACAAAACUCCAAAUUCAGUUUGUGUACUUUGAACUGUGCGUGUAGAGCCUGCUUUUGUCAAAAUGUGUUCCAAUCUAUGCAUUUCCUUUUGAAAAGCCUCUCCCCCUCUCCAUUCAGGAACUGAACAAAGUCCAGUCAUUACAAUAAAUAUGACCAGUUUGUGUGUGCGUGUAAACCUCAACAGUGUGUGUAUGUACUCUUAUGCGUGUACCUAUGUACAUAUACAGAAGGCAAUAUAUAUACAGUAUAUAAAACGUUUAUGUCACUGAAAUUAGACCGUUGUGGUUUUAAAGAGAACUAGAUAUUAGCCAGCAGUUGCUUGACCAUGCGUGUUCAUUGUCCAUUUGAUUUCAAUAUCAGUAAAAAGUGAAUGAAA